CUAUAUUCAGAUCUCAUCUGCCCACUCAAAUAUUUGUCGUCUUCCUCACGAGAAAUCUCAACUGAAGAAUCCUAAUUUCUUCAGAUUCUUUCUCCCAAAAUUCAGCAAAAAUGAAGGUUGUUGGCUCGAAUGUUCACUUUAAGAAAUUGGAAGCCAAAUGCUAUUCACCCGCCUUCUACGAAGCGUAUUUGGAGAUGAUUGCAGCUCAAGAACUCUAUGAAUUUCUUCAUAUGGAAAUUCGCUUCAAGUAUGAAGAAGAAGUUCUCGAAAUCUACACGAAUAGAAAAGUCACAACCGUUCAAUCCAAGAAGAAUCCACAGAGAUCGAUUCAAGUCAUUGAAUCAACUGUUGGAGGCACUGAAGUGAAGAUCUCACAGAAGAAGUUGAAAAAGAAGCUUCACCUUCCCAACUCUGGAAUUGACAUUGGGAAGCUCUCGUCCAAGAACCUGGACUGGAACACAAUUGAGAUUUCUGGACAAAUCUCCUCUGGCCCAGCAAAGAAGGCCGAUUUGAAGAAUGACUACAAAUUAAUCUUGGAGCUUGUCAUAGCAUGUCUGGAGUGUGGAAGUGGAGGACAUGCAGAUGACAUAACCCAGGAAAGAGCUUUCAUCAUCAACGCCCUCAUUACCAAGACUAAGGUAAAUUGGGCUAAACAUUUCUUCAAUUCAGUUUCCAAGCACUUAGGGAAGCCCAAGCAGAAAUAUCUCUGUCAAGGAUUAUACCUUGGACACAUUCUGGAGUCCAUGGGCAUUGCCUCUGAAGGCAAGAAAUAUGAUGCCAGAUAUUGGUUGUACUACCUGUCAACCAAGUGUGAAAACAUAGCCAGUUCUACUGCAGAAGAUGAAGGAUCUUCAGACAAUGUUCUGAUUAAAACCAAUGAAGACCUGCUGUUGGAACACUUGACCACCUCUCCACCCUCAGAAUUUGAGGUUGAUGAUGAUUAUACGGCAGUCUACACACCCAUGUUCUUCAAUUCAGCUGGAAAUCAGAUUGAAAACCAGGCUGAAAACAUCACUGCUGAAGCACAGGCAAACUUGGAGGCUGAGGCAGAGGAUUUCCAAGUUUUUCCGGAAUCCUCCCUUACCAUUGAAACUGUUCUUGAUGAAACCAUCCUGGAAGGAGAUGAGGAAGUUUGUGUCAAAGCAAAUCUUGUGCCGUUUUGGAGCCCCCAACAAAUCAUCACCGACAAUGGAACCCAAUUUGAAGCAAAGGGGUUCAAUGAGUUUCUGCAAAGUUGGGGUAUAAAGCAUAACUAUGCUGCGGUCAGGACAACCCCAAGGAAAGCCACGGGAGAAACGCUGUUUGCCCUAACAUAUGGGUUUGAGGCAAGGGCUCUAGCUGAAACCUCGUUGCUAAGUUAUAGAGUGGAAACGUUCGAUGCACAGGAGAACGAGGAAAACUUGAUGGCCAAAUUGCACUUGAUAGAUGAACGAAGAGAAAGGGCCUACAUCCAGGCAAAGAGUUAUCACCGUCAAGUUAAAUCGUACCAUGAUAAAAAGGUGCGGCCAAGGGUAUUCAGGAUGGGCGAUUGGGUCCUAAGGAAAAGAGAAGUUAGCCGACCGACCGAUGGUGGAAAGUUUGCAAAGAACUUUGAAGGGCCAUACAUCAUAAAGGAAGUGUUGGCCGAUGGAACGUACAAAUUGCGGACUCCAGCGGGAGGAGAUGUCCCGCGGAAGAAAGGGAGGGGUCACUCGCUCUGUGAGCCCCAAUCGGCAUCACCCCUCGAUGAGGAUGCAGACCUAGGAGCAGCAGGAGCUACAGGAGCAGCAAGAGCUACUCCUGGUCGCUUAGAGGCCCUUCGGGGAGAUGAGGGGCCAGCCGAGGGUUACUGGGAGGAACCCAAUUCUGCCCCCGUAACGGAAGCUUGACCUGGCUCCGGCGAGUUGGUGCGACUUUCCUCAGUUACUGCUCCAGACUAGUGUAGUAUGCUGCUUCAUGCUCCAAAAGGGGAAAAUGCUCAUCUUGCACGCUCUUCCAAGCUGCGCAAUGCCACUUAUGGAGCAUCCCAAUCCACCUCCCCAGAGGGUAGGUGGUUGGCCAAAAGUGCCCUGAAUGCCGCGCUAAAGUCGUCAUA